AUGAGUAUUAUUAGAAGCAGAUUAAAGUAUGGAUUUAUUCCAACUAGACGUCUAGUUGAUGAAGAUGAAAAUUGUCAUUUUAUCUUUCCAGAAGCUCCCGUUGAAACUCAUAGUCAUAUUGAUGAAAAGGGAUCGUUAGAAAAAGUUUUAUCUACUGAAGUAUCAGAUCAACAACAAACUUUUGAAUAUCGUGAUGAAAAAGAUAGAAAAUGGUAUAAAUUCUUUGAUGAAUAUGAAUAUAGAGUCACUAAUAAAGUUAAAAGUAAUAGAAAAUGGUAUCAUUGGUUCCAUGAUGAUGAUACUGCUGCUGAAAGAAGAGUAAUUGUGAAAAUCGAUAUCUUAUUAACUCUUUAUUCAUUAAUGGCUUAUUGGGUUAAGUAUUUAGAUCAAACUAAUUUAACCAAUGCUUAUGUUGGUGGUUUAGAACAAGCUAUUGAUAUGAAAGGUAAUGAUUUCAUUAAAACUCAAGUUAUGUUCACUGUAGGUAAUAUUAUUUUCCAAAUUCCAUUCAUGUAUAUCCUUUAUGCAUUUCCUUUAAAUUAUGUGUUACCAAGUUUAGAUCUUGGAUGGUCUAUUUUAACUAUUUCCCUUUAUAGAGUUAAAAAUGUUCCAAGUUUAAAAGCUCUUAGAUUUUUCAUUGGGGGGUUUGAAGCUACAAGUUAUAUUGCUUAUCAUAGUUUAUUUGCUUCUUGGUUUAAAGGUGGUACUGGGGAAGUUUCAAGAAGAGCAGGUUUCUAUUAUCUUGGACAAUAUCUUGGUAUCCUUACCUCUGGUUUACUUUCUGGUGCUAUUGAAAGACAUAUGGGUGGUAUUAAUGGUCUUGAAGCUUGGCAAUGGAUUUUCAUCAUUGAUGGUAUUAUUUCUGUCGUUGUUGGUGUUCUUGGAUUCUAUAUGCUUCCAGGAACUCCAGAAGAUUGUUACAGUAUCUUUUUAAGUGAUGAUGAUAUUAGAAUUGCCAGAAAGAGAAUGUUAGAUGAUCAAAAGGGGUUCAAACCAAGAGAAAAUGUGGUUAAAUAUUUCUUUGAUAUUAAACUUUUGAAAUCUAUUUUCACUUCAUGGCACGUAUAUGUCUUAUGUCUUUGGAAUAUCUUCUGUUGGAAUAAUAGUAAUAUGUCUACUGGUGCUUUUGCUCUUUGGUUGAAAUCUUUAACGAAUGCUGAUGGUAAACCAAGAUUCGGACCUGGUGAAUUACAAGAUUAUACUGCUUUACCUCCUGGAUUAGGUUUAUUAUGGUUAACUAUUACUUGUUCCAUUGCUGAUUUAUUUAACACAAGAACUGGGGCUAUUAUUUUCAGUCAAGUAUUUAACGUGUUAGGUAAUGUUUUAUUGGCGGUAUGGGAUCUUCCUGAAGGAGCAAAAUGGUUUGGAUUCUGUGUUUCCAGUUUUGGUUGGGCUAUGGCUCCAGUAUUAUAUUCUUGGUUAGGGGAUAUUUCAAGAAAAGAUAUUAGAGAACGUAACAUCAUGCUUGUUAUCUGUAAUAUUAUUGCUCAACAAAGUACAGCGUGGACAUCUGUGUUAGUAUUCCCUACUGUUGAAGCUCCAAGAUUCUUAAAGGGUUAUUCAUUCACUGCUGCUAGUGGUGUUGCCUUAUCCUUAUGGACAUUUGUAGUAUUAUACUUUUAUAAAAAGGAUGAAAGAGCAAAUGCUAAGGAUAAUGGUAUUAUUAUUUUUAAUUCUGCUACUGAUCCUGAUUUUGCCGCAUCUGAAUUAGAUGAUGGUGUUGAAGAAUCAAAGAAGGUUGAUUAG